ACUUGCAUCUCCUGGCGGGGUGGUGAUAUCCCCGUUACUUGUGUACUGGUCUAGUUGCUGUCUUUUUGGCCUCCAAAAUUACAUCUUUAAAUUUUAUAAGUAUCUAGGAGUUCAGGGAGGAGAGGAACAACUUAUUUUAAACCAUGGAGCCAGAAUACGAUGGAUAUAUGGAGGAGGAAGAAGAGUGGGACAGGGAAGGAUUACUCGACCCGGCAUGGGAAAAGCAGCAGAAAAAGACUUUUACAGCAUGGUGCAACUCUCACCUUCGAAAGACUGGUCCACAAAACCAAAUAGAAAAUAUAGAGGAGGAUUUUCGAAAUGGACUCAAACUUAUGUUAUUGUUAGAAGUCAUCUCUGGAGAGCAUUUACCAAAACCAGACAGAGGCAAAAUGCGCUUUCAUAAAAUAGCCAACGUCAAUAAGGCUUUGGAUUUCAUAGCCUCCAAAGGAGUGAAACUAGUUUCAAUAGGCGCUGAAGAAAUUGUGGAUGGAAAUGUAAAGAUGACAUUGGGUAUGAUCUGGACCAUCAUCCUCCGUUUUGCUAUUCAAGACAUCACAGUAGAAGAAUUAACAGCCAAAGAAGGUCUUUUGUUGUGGUGCCAAAGAAAAACAGCUCCUUACAAAAAUGUUAAUGUACAGAACUUUCACCUCAGCUGGAAAGAUGGGUUAGCCUUCUGUGCACUGAUCCAUCGCCACCGCCCUGACCUCCUAGACUACUACAAACUCUCUAGGGAAAACCCAUUGGAAAACCUGAACACUGCUUUUGAUAUUGCAGAGAAGCAUCUGGACAUUCCCAGAAUGUUAGAUCCUGAAGAUAUGGUUAAUUCAGCCAAACCAGAUGAGAGGUCUGUUAUGGCGUAUGUUUCUUCCUACUACCAUGCUUUCUCUGGUGCUCAGCAGGCUGAGACAGCAGCAAACAGAAUUUGCAAAGUUUUGAAAGUUAAUCAAGAAAAUGAAAGACUUAUGGAAGAAUAUGAGAGACUAGCCAGUGAUCUGUUGGAGUGGAUUCGCCGCACCAGGCCCUGGUUAGAAAAUCGCACUACUGAUAAUACUUUGCCAGGCACACAGCGAAGGCUUGAAGAGUUUCGUGACUAUAGGCGUAAACAGAAACCACCAAAAUUGGAAGACAAAGCCAAGCUUGAAAAUAGUUUUAAUACACUUCAAACUAGACUUAGGCUUUCCAACAGACCAGCAUAUCUCCCAACUGAAGGAAAGAUGGUUUCGGAUAUUGCUAAUGCAUGGAAAGGAUUAGAGACUGCAGAAAAAGGCUUUGAAGAAUGGCUUCUUUCAGAAUUACAAAGAUUAGAGCGUUUAGACCAUCUUGCUCAGAAGUUCCGUCACAAGUGUGAGAUUCAUGAGGAGUGGGCUGCUGGUAAAGAAGAUAUGCUGAAAUCUGGAGACUUCAAGAGAUGUAGAUUAAAUGAGCUCAAAGCUAUGAAAAAGAAACAUGAAGCUUUUGAAAGUGAUCUUGCUGCUCAUCAAGAUAGAGUGGAACAAAUUGCAGCUAUUGCACAAGAAUUAAAUUCAUUGGAUUAUCAUGACGUUGCCACAGUUAAUGCAAGAUGCCAGCGUAUAUGUGACCAAUGGGAUGUUCUUGGCCAACUGACAACAAAGAGAAGGGAUGCCCUAGAAGAGGCUGAAAGGAUCUUAGAAAGAAUCGACCAGUUGCAUUUGGAGUUUGCCAAAAGAGCAGCUCCAUUUAACAACUGGAUGGAUGGAGCCAAGGAGGAUCUUUUGGAUAUGUUUAUUGUUCAUACAACAGAGGAGGUGCAAGGCUUAGUUGAUGCUCAUGAACAGUUCAAAGCUACUUUAGGUGAGGCGGAUAAAGAAUUUGCAACCAUUGUUGGGCUAGUGCAGGAGGUCCAGAGGUUGGGUCAACAGUUUGGAAUUACUCCACCAGACAACCCUUACACUACUCUUCAUGCACAGGAUAUUACCAACAAAUGGGGUGAAGUGAAACAAUUGGUCCCCCAUCGUGACUCAACUCUGCAGCAAGAAAUGAUGAGACAACAGAAUAAUGAACGUCUACGUAGACAGUUUGCUGCCAAGGCUAAUGUUGUUGGUCAGUGGAUUGAAAAUCAGCUAGAUGCUGUGGCCUCCAUUGGUGUGACAGGACGCUCAUCAUUAGAGGAACAGCUAAAGAAAUUACAACAAUUUGACAAAGCUGUUGUUGCCUACAAGCCCAACAUAGAUGAACUAGAGAGAUACAAUCAGGAAGUCCAAGAAGCUAUGAUAUUUGAGAAUCGUUACACACAGUAUACAAUGGAGACUUUACGAGUUGGUUGGGAACAGUUACUGACUGCUAUUGCCAGAAACAUAAAUGAAGUAGAAAAUCAGAUAUUGACAAGAGACUCAAAAGGCAUUAGUGAAGCUCAGAUGAAUGAAUUUAGAAUGUCCUUCAAUCACUUUGACAAAAACCGAACGAAAAGACUGGAACCCAAGGAAUUCAAAGCUUGCCUUAUUAGCUUGGGCUACAAAAUCAGAGAUGACAAGCAGGGCGAAGCAGAUUUUCAGAGGAUUAUGUCUAUUGUUGACCCCAACCGUUCUAACUAUGUUACCUUUGAUGCAUUUUUGGACUUCAUGACACGUGAGACUGCUGAUACAGAUACUGCAGAGCAAGUCAUGCAGUCAUUUAAGAUUCUUGCAGGAGACAAGCCAUACAUCACAGCACAGAUUCUUAGACAAGAAUUACCACCAGAUCAAGCUGAGUACUGUAUUCAAAGAAUGGCACCAUACACAGGACGUGAUGCUGUUCCUGGCGCCUUAGACUACAUGUCAUUUUCAACUGCACUCUAUGGGGAGAGUGAUCUCUAAAAGAGGAAAUGAAUCAAUGCUAGUUUCACCAUUGGGGAAUUGUUUUCUUGAACCCCUGCCCCUCACUAGAUCAUUCUCCUUUAUAUGCAGCAUCCUGAGGUGUGCAAGUUUAGUCGGGCUCAUAUACAUACAGAAUUUAUUUUUACACAUAAAUAACACUAAAUAUUAUAUUAUUAUAAUAUUAAUACAAGAAGUAUGGUAUUUCAUUUAAGCUUUGAUAAGAAUUGCUUUUACAUGAAACCAUGAGGACUUGGUGAUUUACCUUAUAACAACUUUAGUUUGAGAGCUUUUAGUUGAGUGCAUGCCAUUGUUGCACUAUGGCAUCAGUGGGGCAAGCUGCUCAAAUAGCAUGAAUUUAGCCAUAUCUGGUACAUUGAUUGGUAGAAGGCAAUUUUUCCACUGCUCAUGAUCAAAUUAUUCUAUAUUGAAAUUUUUCCGUUAACUAAUCACAACUGAUCAGGAAAAACUAAGGUAACUACAUGACUAUUUGGUUGUGACCAGUGUGUCUUAUUGGGUACUAACAACUUUUGGAAGUCAUUCAGAGUCUUUGUGUACAAUCAGUGCCUUUAUGCUAUGCUGCAGUUAAAAUAUCUUGCCCAUUGGAAACAAGAAUUGAAUCACCACAUUCUUGAGUUUUAAAACAUUCUCUGUACCCUCGUGAAAGAAAAGAGCUGUGCAUGUCUCCACAAUUCAUCUUUGUUGGUUCGUAGGUCUAGGUGUGGCCAUGUAUUCCCAGUUUGGUUUGAACUACUGAUUUUUUCUUUUAAUUUAAAUCAAUUUUUUUUAAGUUCCACUGGUGUGACCAUAUUUUAUUUUUAUGUAGUAAAUGUUCAUAGAAUACAAAGUGAAUAUAUUGAUGACAUAAAUAUUUAUUAAAUUAACAAAUUAGACAAUUAUUUUUCCUAUGCAUAAAGGCCUUAGGUUGUCUACUCCAUUUGUUUGUACAUUCAGUUUUCCACUAAUAUCUUUAGUCUUUUUAUUUCCUGAGCUUUGAAAUCAAAUUCGGAACUCUUCUCUCACACAUGGAUCAGGACAAUGUAUAUAACCAGGUUCAUAUCUACUCAUUUGUUGCAUGUAUAUUCUCUAGCAGCAAAUGAUAAAACCUUCUGCAGUAACCAAAUGAAGGGAGCUUGCCCUAAGCACUGCCAUUUCUUACUGUCCCAGUUUCACAUGCCAUCUAAUGUUGAAACAAGUCAACCACCACCUUAAUGGCUUACUUAGAGCAGGUUCACUGUUAACGAGCAUUUCUUGUUAUUUUUUUUUACAAUGUAUUUGGACUUACUGUGAAAAGCUAAUUUUAUUGUAUUAUUUGAACUUAAGAACCAAACAUAUUGUAAGGAUUUUUUUUUUUUUUUUGAGAUCUAAUUAGAAACAAGUAAAUAAAGAAUCAUUUGACAUUGUGAUCAUUUUUUUACUGCUUGUCUGAUUUUGAUGUAUUUAAACAUUGCUUGCAUGCUAGAUGAUUGAACAUUAGAGACAUGAUUGUGAUCAGCUUUUCUCAAUCACUGGGAGACGCUGCAGUUAUUCCAUUCAUCUCAUUUGACUUGAUGGGAAUUUAGGCCUGUCUUUAGAGAAGGUUACGCUUACAGGAAACACUAGCUGUAGUUUCCACUAUGCAAAAAUCAAGAUGUGCACCAGUAAACUGCUGAAAAAGUUGUUGAAUGUAGGCCUGCUGCUAUAAGGACCCUGACAGGCCAUUGUUUAUUUUUUUAACUGUUAUUGCAUUCUUGUACCGUACUGCUUUUAUUUUGCUUUCACGCCAUGUAGAAUAUUUACAGAUUAAAAAAAUCUAGUUAAUAAAUUCCUAGCUAAAGACGAGUACUAUAGAAUUAUAAUGCAAUGUUUAGCGGUUGACACAGUUCUGUAUCAGUUGUGGAUGGAUGGGUACACUAUACUUUUAUUUAUUACUAUGUAGCUCACAUUGUACUCAUUGUUUCAUUUUCUUUUUUUUUAAAGCUUACAUUGUAUUCAUUGGCUCUGCUUUGUUCUUGUAUAAAUAAUUUUAAUUGCCAGAAUGGAUAUUCUACAUUUAGAAUAACACUUGUACAAUUUAUAAGUUACAUAUUGUUUUGCCUUGAUAUCAAAUUGUUUACUGUGGUUUCUAUCGGGGUUUCUCAACAGCUGGUUUUAGGGGUAAAUCUGGCUCUAUAAUUCAGUAUCUGUUUUAGCAUAAUUAUGCAGACAGGCUGUCUAAAGGGUACUCGAGUACCAUGUGUAGAGGUUGGGCUGGAUGGAAUGGUUGAGAACCGUUGAUGGCAUCACUGUAGUGUACAUUUAAAAAGAAUUUUUAAUUAUUCAAUUUUCUAUUUGUGUUGUGGGGGGUGCUAAGAAAAGAAUAUGACUGUAGGCUAGAAUUUGUUAAUGUUCGUGGUUGAGUCAAUAUGUUGCCUCUGUAGUUCUGUGGGGUCUCUGCAUGUAUGUCAUUUUAUUUCUUGUCCAAUUUUUUAAAAACUGAUUUCAAUUGGCCGUACCCCUCAUUGCGCCGUACUUGAGGCGUGGCAAAUAGCGGCUUAAAGCAGGGGCUGUUGUUUUAUUUGUAUGGCAGUGCUCUAGUUACUGCUGGUGUAUGCAGUCCAGUUUGGUUUUUAUUUCUGUUAUUUCUUCAUAAACGAUGAAUAAUUUUAGUCAAGCAGGGAUGGCCACCCCAAACCAACUCUGUCCUCCAAAUAGUAACCAACAUAAAUAAAGUAUUGAAUACCCA